GUAGUAAGAGAUUAAUUUCAAGUAGUGAGGGCUAUGACAUAAUAUUGACCGUGGAGCUAAAUUUCUUCAAAAACAGAGGAAAAAAAAAAAAGUGAGCGUUCGGAUGCAUAACGAACGAUGCCAUUUUCCGCCUCAAUCUCAUCGCCUUCUUCUCUGGCGCUUCUCUCUUCCCUAAAACGAUCGCCUCUCUCCUUCUUCAUCUUCUCUCCCAAAACCCUAAUCUUCACCAGAACCAGGAUCUCUGAUUUCCCUUAUCCCCUUCUUGCUUCCCGGCGAUCCCGCGAUUUCAUCAACGGAAGGGAUGAUUUCGCCGACGAUACGAGGAGCUGGAACCGGAAGAUCAAACCGGAGUAUGGGUUCGAUGAGGAUUACGAUGGAGAAGAAGACGAAGAUGAUCACGAGGAAGAAGAUAGAAGCUUGGAUCUGUUACUUAGAUUUGUUGAGAACGUUUUCAGAAAGAUUUCGAAGAGAGCGAGGAAAGCUGUCCGAUCAAUUUUGCCUGUUUCGAUCUCUACGAAGCUCGUGGGUUUUUCAGUGAAUGGAGUACUAAUUCUUGCAUUUUUGUGGAUCUUGAAGGCUUUCCUCGAGGUAGCUUGCACACUUGGAACUAUUGUAUUUACGAGCAUUCUACUUAUACGUGGACUUUGGGCCGGUGUAGCAUACAUGCAAGAGAGCCGCAACAAUAGGAUCAAUGAACUCGCUGAUGACCCUCGUGCAUGGAACGGGGUGCAACCAGUUUCCUGAUGAAUUCGCUUUACACUUGUAGAAAUCAGAAUUUCUGACUUUUGGGAGCCAUAAUGGGGUUUAGGUUCUUCCAAGGCAAUAAAACCACAGCUGAGUUCAGAGUCAGAAAGCAGUUACAGGGGAUGUACAUUGGCAGCGUCUGAUGAUUUAGUAAGUAAAAAAGUGUAAUAUUUGUAGCAUUCACAAAGUCAGCUAUGGAAGCUGGUGUGUUGCUCAACUAAGUCGUCGCCAAUGGUGACCAUGUUUUAUUAGUUUCUAAAUAAAUGAAACCAAAUAUAUAGAACAUACCAUUUUCCUUGUAGUCUUACCAAAAUUAGUAGACUUCAAUUUCUUCA